AUGAACUCUUUGUACGAGCUGGACUCCAAAUGGAGAAAACUCCUGAACACAAACAAUUUCCUUGGUGGGCUCACCGUGAAUGAAUUCGUGGAAGAAUUAGCUAAGGACCAUACUUUGAGGACUCCCUUACACACUUUAUCCAUCUCCAAUAUAAACCAAACAGACUCAUCGUUGGAAGGUACUGGUACCGAUAAAUCGAAAUUACAAUGGACUAAACUAGAUGCCAAACCAUUUAUUAGAACUUUUGAAUCCACAUUAAAGGAGUUGAAAAACCUGAAUGAAGAAUCAAAUAAUAAGAAAGACCAAUUGUCUGAACAAGUAUCAAGACAAGAAUUGAAACAUUCUCAAAACAUUUUACAAUUGUCUUCCAAUUUGAAGAGUAUGAUUUCCGAAUAUGAUCAAUUGGAUGAUAAAUUGACAAAUGUAAAUCAAGUGGUGUCUCCCUUGGGUGAUAAAUUGGAAAAUGCAAUAAGGAAGAAAAAAACAUAUGUUAAUUCAGUAGAAUUAAUUUCCCGAUAUAAUGAGUUUUAUUCUGCGAAAGAGUCUGUUUAUUUGGAGAAAUUAAGAUGUUCCAAUGAUUCAUUCAAUAAAUUAAAAGCUGCAAAUCUAGUGAAAAAUUUAUUAGUUCUUUCGUUGAAAGUGGAAACAAGUUCCAUUCCAAAAACCAUUGAAACUACACAACUUAUUGAAAAAUAUUCAGAAUUAAUGGAAAAUGAUUUAUUAGCAAAUUUUAAUAGUGCAUAUCGUGAUAAUAAUUUUAGUCAAUUAAAUGAAAUUGCAUUGAUAUUGAAUCAUUUUAAUGGUGGUGUUAACGUUAUUCAAACUUUUAUUAAUCAACAUGCAUAUUUCAUUGAUACUGCGGAAAUUGAUUUUGAUGAAAAUAAUGAAAUUACAUUCGAUGAACCUAUGAGAAAAAAAUUAUUGCAACCUACUUCUCAUGGUGUGGUUUAUGAUGAUGCAAUAAUUAAUAUGUUAAAUGAUAUUGAAACCGUCAUUAAGAACGAAUCCAAAAUUGUGAAAAGAGUCUUUGAAGAAAGGGCACCUCAUGUUAUCCGAUUAUUUAUUCAAAGAAUUUUUGCACAAAAGAUUGAACCUCGAUUUGAAUUGGUUUUAAAUUCAGCAUUAUCAUUAUCCAAUCUAGCAUAUGUGAGGAGUUUACAUGGUCUUUACUCUUUAUUGGGUCAAUUUGUCAAGGACCUUUCUGAAUUCUUCCAACUUUUAGAAGUUGACAUAGAUGGUAUUUUAAAUACAACGGUCGAACAAUGCUACUCUGAUUUCUUUUCAAGAUACCUUUAUGAACGUGGUAAAUAUUUUGACAUUGAAAGAAGAAGUUUGGAGACAAUCUUAUUGGAUAGUACACAAGUAUUUAAUAUUAAUCAUGACAAAGAAAUUCGUUCCAGAUCAUUGCUAAACAAAUUUAAUAAAAAUUUAGAGAGCUAUGGAAUUACUGAAUUGAAUGGACAAGCUUCAACGAACAGAAGUAGAUUGUCUCAAUUCAAUACGUUCUUAAAGACACACCUGGAUAGGGAUCACUUAUCCUUAAGUCGUUCCAAUACUUUAGGGUUUAGUAACAGUAAUAAUAACGAUUUAAGCAACGUUGAGACAGGUUCUGGAGAUACUGAUCCAACAGGAAGAUAUGAGUAUGAUGAUACUUUUACCUUAACAAAUGUGGAUGAAAUGCUAAAAUCUGUGGUGGAAUCCGUAGCAAGAGUUAUGGAAUUGAUUCCAAAUAAAUCAAACGUCUAUACUUUGGAAUUAUUAGAAGUUAUGUUUAUGGGAAUUAGUGAAACAUAUGUGGAGUCUGCAUUAGAAGUGGUAUUUUAUCAAAUUUGCAAAGUGGAUAUCAACAAGAUUACAACCAUUGAUUUGACACUUUUAAAAUAUAUAUCUACGAGUACAGACAUCCUAAGUCUGAUAUCCACAUCGAUUAAGGCAGUCUUCUUACCAUUAUUGAACAAUUCCAUAGAGAUCAAGAAGCAAAUUAUUGAAUUGACCAAUAAUCAAAUAAGGAAAUCAGAACUUUUGAUUAAUACAAUCUUAGAGGAAAUUAUUCAGGUUUAUGGAUCUAAAUUUUCCAAUUCUUUAUCUAAACAAAAGAAAAAAGAUUUUAUACCGAAAUCUCAAGAAUUGUUGGAUCAAGAUACAUUGCCAGCUAUUGAGAUUGUGACUUUACUAAAUUCUUUAUAUUCUCAAGCAGCACAAUAUUUGAAACCUAAAAAUUUGGAAAGUUUCUUAAAUAGUAUAGGUGAAGACUUAUACAAUUUGUUAAUAACUCAUUAUGGGAAAUUCCAAGUUAGUUCCAUUGGUGGUAUUAUUGUCACAAAGGAUAUUAUUGGGUAUCAGAAUGCAAUUGAAGAAUGGGGUAUUUCUAAUUUAUUAGACAAAUUUAGUACUUUAAGAGAAUUGGCUAAUUUGUUUACUGUUCAACCUGAAUUAUUAGAUUCUUUAACGAGAGAAGGUCAUUUGGCUGAUGUUGAUAAGGAAAUAAUAUCGAGUUACAUUUCCAAUAGAGAAGAUUUCAGCCAUGAAACGUUUAUAUCCAGUAUGAAAUUGAAAUUUUAG